UUGAAUUCCGGGAUUAAAUACAAUCAUUUAUUAUUGAGAAAAUGAUAUCUUUAAAUGCCAAAACUGGUUCAAAUCUCCAAGGGAAUUAUUUAUUUAGGUUCAAUUUUUACUAACUGUUUUCAGUCUUAUCCAAAACCCCUCCUUUCAAAAUAUGAGCACAGAUUAUUAUACUGAAUAAGAUUUGCAAUAACAGCAUAGAAAUACACAAAAAUUGCGAUGAUUUACAGAAGUGCAAAAAGCAAAGGGUACGAAUAGAAUAGAGACCACCGCUUCGCAAAGGCGACCGAUCAUUAUUUUACUCACAUGGAAACGAACGACCGGUGCGAAAAUGGGUGGAUAACGAAAUUAAAAAUCGUUAACGACGUGCUGUUGCGUGUGUAGUAUGAAGCCCACGAGUGGGCUUGGUCUUAGGAACUCCUUUGUCGAUUUCUUACCGAAUUUCAUUGAUAAUUCUUUUAAAUGUUACUCGGUGAUUUCUUUAAAAAAAUGGCACAGCAAUGGGUAUUUGUUUGGAAGUUCAAUUGGGCUUUUUUCAGCAAUAUCUUUCUUUGGAAUCUCCUGUGUGUCGAACAAGCAAGCCUUCGAAACCCCAUUUUAACAAAAUGGGUAACGUGUUGAUGAAUAUCGCACUUUCAAACGUUUAACAAAAAUCCAUUUCAUGGCACCAGUAAUCAUAUCGUUUAUCUGGCUUCUGAUGUUUGAGCCUUAAACUCUUUAAAAACAAGCCGCUCUUUUGAAUUUUAUGCCGCCAUUUUUGGACUGUAGACUUCUUCCCCAUACAAAGUAUACCCAUAUUGCAUGGUUUCAGAGUCUAUAACUCCAUUAGGCAGCCGCCAUCUGAAAUUUAGAUCUGCCAUCUUGAAUUUUAGAUUGCCAUCUUGGAUGUUCUGGUCGCCAUUUUUGGACUGCGUUGUGCAAAUUGCAGUUACGUUGUGCAAAGUUUGACAUUCCAGUUGGCUGAAAUGGCCUACUUUUCACCGCUAAUGCAAGUGUGCCGAAAAGUACUACUUUUUGGCACUCUUAAGAAUGCUGAAAAGUUGCACUUUUUGACACUUUGGCCCGCGCGAACUUUUAACUUACUACCGGGCCUUCCGUAAAGUAAGCCUCUGUCUCUAUAUCUACUUAUCAGCUCGAAUCCAAAUCAGAAGAUUUAAUGUAGAGGCAGCUGCUGAAUCUGCUUUUGCCUUUUCCUGUGUACACCUGUUUGACAACUGGAGCUCGAUCUUUGGUGACAUAUAAGCUGCAUCCAUUUAUUACGUAACGCUAAAAUUGACAUUUUUUACCCCUUCUCCCCCCUCCGUAACGCUUUUUUGUUUGAAAAUCUUGGAAUUUUUGUAUGGACCGUAACGCUUGGCCAUACUACCCUCCCAUCCCCCCCAGAGCGUUCGUUAAGUAAUUUAUGGACGGCGCCAUAGUACUACACCACAGGCUACCUCAGUACUUCCCAAACUGUGCGCCGCGGCGCCCUGGUGCGCCGUGAGCAUUUUGCAGGUGCGCCGCAGGCUUUUGAGCCAAAAAAAGAAAAACAAUCAUAAUCAAUAUGGGAACGUCUUUUUGUUUGAUGAAACAUGGAAGUGUUGCUUCACGGCAUAUUUUACAAAUUUUUUCCCAUCCUUCAAAUAUUCUAUGGAGUUUCUGGUAUUUUUGAUUUUAUUUUUUCCAUUUUUUUAAAUUUUCGAAGCUAUGACAAUUGUUUUUGUUAAUAUUCUCAAACAGAUUAUUGGAUUCUCAAUACUUCAGUUGUCUUUUCGAUUCUACCGACAGCAUGUGAUGAAAAGUAAAUAUUUCAAAAAUCGGUUUUGAAGUUCUUUCAGUCUACCGGACUUUAUGUUGUCUCCUGUUUUUGGGACGACAUUUCUUACUAACGCCACCAUCACAUAAAACUGCAAAUUGUCGGUAUCGUGGAAUUAGGCACAUCCUAAAACUUAUUAUUUUUUAGAUCUUAAUGUUGGAAAACUAUAUAUCUUUUAAUCUCACUUAGACCAGUUCCAAAAUCCUUUGGAACGCGAGAAUCAGAUAUUUUUUUAUAAAUUGUCUGCAUCAAAGGCACUCCUUAAAAUAAUUAACUUUUUCAAUGGUCGCUCAUUUAGCAUUUUUUCUUAAAAAAAACUUGUUGACCCAAGAAACUGAAUGUCAUUUGCCUUUUGAGGAAAUAUGGUAAUGAAUAUUAUCAAAGUUGUUCUACUUAAAAUAAAGAAAAUUCUCUGUAAAUAAAUGCUGGUGCACCGCGACAUUUUCAAAAAUUUCAAAGGGCGCCGCGAUAGUAAAAAGUUUGAGAACCUCUACCUGAUCAAUCAAAAAACUACACUUACAAGCAUGGACGCUCGCACGUGGUUCCUCCUGAUACAUGUUUGUGUAGCUAGAAAAGAUCGUUUUAAAUGGGUACUUUUCGUAAUUACAACUCGUUGCAAAACUCGUGGUAUUUAUCCAGCUUGUCAAGCCUCGUUGGAUAAAUGUACGACCUGUGCUGAAAAACCAUUAUUUUGCAACUUGUUGCGUAAAUAACUACUUUGCAACCCGUUGCAUAAAUAACUAUUGUUAACUUUCCACUACAUUCAUUAGUAUAAUGUCAACCGUAUCUUUUAUCUCACAGAUUUGGUACCAUCUACCUAUUCCAUCAUUGGAGUCAAUACCGUUAACAGAUCAACCGUUCCGGUAUCACUCUGCAGCCAUAGGUAAUCCUUGCGCUGGUGGUGGGUACGCAAUCAUCAUCAUCAUCAUCAUCAUCAUCAUCAUCAUCAUCAUCAUCAUCAUCAUCAUCAUCAUCAUCAUCAUCAUCAUCAUCAUCAUCAAUGUAUAUGGUGAGGCAGAUGCGACACGCAAUAAGCACCAAAUGAUCUAUUCCAUAAGUGCUCUGUUUGGCGCAGAAAUGGGAAGCAAUUAAGGCCUGAGAGCGAUCAUCCGAUGAAAAUGCAAUUGAUGAGAUCUUUCCGAUUACCAUCCUAUCAUCUACCCAAAGCUAUCUGGAGAUGAUUUUGAGAUUGUCAACAAAAACUCGUGGAAAGGCUUGGCCAGAUGUGUGGAAAUGAGUGGGUUUAUACUAUCCACGAUUUAUGCAAGUGUUCGUUCUAUGCUGUGUUGUUAUGCUAUACUAUUUAGUAGGAAAACCCCGUCAACGAACUUUAGUAUUGCCAUCAAAGCGAAACCAUCAUGUAAAAUGCUUCACAUUUUGUCUCUCUCUCGUUUGCCGAACGGCAGAGAUUUGAUGAAUUUUGAACGCGAUAAGCUCGGGGCAAGGGGAUUCCCUUAUGGACAUGGCCCAGUCUAUGCGGCAAUAAUGCGAGUUACUUGCGAGAGCAUUACCAGUUCGUAGUUUGCUUUGGAUUUUGCUAGACACUCGUCUUGUUUCAGUCGAAAACAAAUGGGAAGAAUCGGUAUGCUGAGUGUUUUGUGGAUUUGGUCCAUCAUAGGAUUGGCAUCUGCAAGAGAGGAGGUCAACUGCUUGGAUGGCAAUAAAUGUACUGAUGUACAUGCAGUUGUUCAAGGACCGCAGGAUGUCGCUGCUGUUAUGCGUAGUCAUGCAAACUCAAGGAAAGUGGACUUUCAUGGAAAUAUAUUAUCGCAGUUUAUCGAUAGUUAUGCCCAAAGUCCCUGGGUUCGAUGGGAAAAGUUAAACCUUUCCUACAAUUUGCUCUAGGAUGAUUUCUUUGUAAAAUUGAAAAGCCCACAACUCAAAUUUGUCGAUAUUACGUAUAAUUUGUUAACAACUGUUACAGUACCCCCUUCAGUAGUAGAGUUCAUAGCCGAAAGAAAUAAUUUAACCAGUAUCACAAUCAAUUCGAGAAUAUUAGAAAGGUUAAUACUACCGAAAAACAAAUUGGACUCUUUAAGACAAUACAAAAAUCUACCGCGGUUGCAAGUGCUAGACUUGUCAUGUAAUCAACUGGAAAAACUUAACUUGGAUGAGCUUUCGGCAAUGCCGAGCCUUAUCUUUCUGAACAUGGCGAACAACCGAAUCCACAUUGUCGAAGGUAACCGGCAAUUGGCAUCACUGCAAUAUCUAGACUUGUCCAGUAAUUUACUGACAAUAGUCGAUGAGCCAUUCGCGAAUUUUCCAUCAAUCAAACACCUGUACCUUCAGAACAACAAAAUUGUCAUGUGGGUUAAAGGCACUCGCGUACCGGGAGACCUACAGACAAUUAACAUAGAAAACAAUGAUUGGGACUGUAAAAAUUUUGAAGAACUAAAACGAAAAAUCGCGAAUAAAAUGGUCCUAGGAUCAGAAAAUGUUGCUUGUACAAACGCAGAUUCUCCUUAUGUCGAUCGAGUGAUCAAGUUCCGGAAGCAGGAGUUCUAUGCCCUUAAGAUAGGAGCAGCGCAGCGAAACGUCCGUAUUUCGUGUAAAGAAUACAAGCCCAAUCCAUGCGACGGGGAUGACAACCGAAUCUAUGAAGUGGCCAGAUCGAAAAGUGUUGAAAGUUUUGCUAAGCAAAGCAUGCAGCAACUUCUGAGUGGAUUAUUACGUGAGCAGAAUUAUAUAAGUUUAAUUAAACAGCAAAUUGCAACAGAACAGCAGAAAUACAACCAGCUCGAAAGUGUUAACCUUGAUUUGGUGAAAUACAUCAAUGAUGAGUAUCAGUACGCACGACUCAGCGGCAAGAGCGAUCCAAUUACUCAGUUGAAUGAAAUAUUCGAACAUUAUGAGCGAGAGAACGCAAGAUGGAAGAAUGAAAUUAGAGCUGAGGAACGUAGAAAUGUGGACAAGUUAGAUGAAUUAUUCACAGUCGAGAAUGACAUAGAUGACUUGGGAAACCAGAAAAACCAAUUGCUCGAGGAGUUGGAUGAAUGCAACAGAACAUUGAUUGUUCUCCAAACCAUUCAAAUGAAUAAUGACUACGGCUGGACAUGAUGAAAAUCGAAAGGGCUUUGUUUUGCCUUGGAAAACAUCUCUCUGGCUUCUGGUGUGUAAUGUCGUUAAAAAAAAAUCUCUCUGGCGUGACCAACUAUCUGUACCAUGCAGAACAACAUAAUGACCAAACUUAGAUAAUAUGCUUAGUGUUCAGCAUUAAAUUAAUACCGUCGUUUUGUGUGAAACUGAUCACUUUUUAGCAGUAGCGCCAUCAAGUUAAAUGGAAUAAGUUAUGAAAUAAAAAUAAAAUAAAAAAGUUAUGAAAACAAAUCUAAUGAUGUAUACUAGAGAAACAUUCCAUUCGAUAAUAUUUAACAAAGCAAUUUGUUGAUCUUUCGCAAAAAAAUCUAUGUCAAGUCAGCUUCCAAAAAAUUGCUUCAAGAGAUUUUCGUGAUUUUUUUUAGAAAACUUUUGCAAUCUUUGGGAAAACUUUACACCAGUUAUUUGACAUUAGAGAAUAUUUUCUUCGUGAAUUAGGGAGCUACAAGAGCGAUUUCUCACGAGGACCCUGCAGAAUUUGUAGAUAAGUCUUAGGAACAGACUUACUGGAAGAAUAACGUACAAAUUUUACUGGAAUUUCCGGACGAAUUUCAGCUAGAAUACCAGUAAAAUUUUCCUGAGAAAUUUCUGGAAAAAAUGGUGUCGAUACGUCCUUUUUCAAUUCAAAUGAAAUGUUUAGCAGUAUUUAACUUAUAACUUAUGAAAAGGACGCAUAAAAAGCAAAUUUUCUUAUUUUAAAUCUUAUAACUCGAGAAUGAUUUGUUGAAUUGGAAUGAUAUCUUCGAAGAUGUAUUAGAAAAAAAAAUACACUGAGAGUAAUAUUAGUCGCAGAUCUAUGUUUAUUUAAAUUUUGCAAAAAUCGUUUUUUUUCAAUUAUUUUUCUGAUGAAGGCUAACUUCUAGCCGCAAUAUGUUCCAAGUAGCCCAGGGUAAUCAACUGCUUUUGACUAUUUUUUCUCAUUUUUUUAUUUUUCAUCCAUUUUUGAAACAAGCAAAAGGAAACGGCAGCAUAUUUAUUGCACCCAUAAGUGAAUUGAAACGCUCCAUAGAAAAUCAAAAAGCGCUACAUAAAGAAUGAACAUAUGUUCCAUGAAAAUGAGCAAUGUUACCCAUAAAUAAUUGAAAACGUUCCAUACUUUAUAAAAAAUGUACCGGUAAACAUAUUUUUUUUUUUCAAUAAAAGUGAUUUUUUGCACCAAUAAAUAAUACUGAAAUGCUCCAUAAUAAAAUACAAAUGCUCCAUAGAAAAAUACAAAUGCCUCAUAAAAAAUAAAAUUGUAACCAUAGAAAAUUGAAUAUUGCUCCAUAGAAAAAAAUAAAUUCUACCAUAAAAAAAUGAAAUUGCAUCAUAGAAAAUAGAUAAAUUCUCCAUAAACAUUACCAAACUGCACCAUAGAAAAUAUGAAUUACUCCAUGGAAAAUUGAAAACCCUCCAUAUAUAGCAUAUUUUCAUAAUUUAAUUCGACAGGUCUGAAUUGCUUUAUAUUGCACUGCUUUAGUAGUGCAAAUAUGUACUGAUUUAUCGACCGUAUUCUAUAAUUAACUUGAUGAUUUUGUGGCUAUAUCGGUCUCUUUCUACUCAUAAGUAUAAGGGAGUAGAGAUCAAAGUGGAUAAUGAAAUGAUAGAUAUGAUAGAAUUCGCUAGGUAGCGAACAAGUGUGAAAAUUUUAUAGAAGGUGAAAUUAGGCAAGUAGGCCAUGUAUUGAACGAAUACAUCGAAUGCGUGAAACUUCUGCCGUGCGACCUGUGCUUUUAAACAGAUCGGCUUGGUUGGUAGUUCAUACCACCUUACCAAGACUGGCAAAAGUUUCAGGCACCCGACUGCCUAUGUAUUGUUCUGUUUCAUCACAAAUUCUAUCGAUCCAACCAACCAAGCCGACCUGUUUAAAAGCACAGGUCGCACGGCAGAAGUUUCACGCAUUCGAUGUAUUCGUUCAAUACAUGGCCUAGUUGCCUAAUUUCACCUUCUAUAAAAUUUUCACACUUGUUCUCUACCUAGCGAAUUCUAUCAUAUCUAUCAUUUCAUUAUCCACUUUGAUCUCUACUCCCUUAUACUUAUGAGUAGAAAGAGACCGAUAUAGCCACAAAAUCAUCAAGUUAAGUAGUGCAAAUAUUUAAAGUUAUAGAGAAUUUUCAAUUUUUUAUGGAGCAAAUUGUAUUUUAUGUGAUGCAGUUUGAUAAUACUUAUGGAGCAUUUGUCUAUUUUCUAUGGUGCAAUUUCAAUAUUUUUUGGUGCAAUUUAAUUUUUCUAUGAAGCAAUGUUCAAUUUUCUAUGGGUACAAUUUUAUUUUUUAUGGAGCGUUUGCAUUUUUCUAUGGAGCAUUUGCAUUUUAUUAUGGAGCAUUUCAGUAUUAUUUAUUGGUGCAAAAUUUCACUUUUAAUGAGAAAAUUUUAAGUUUUACCGGUACAUUUUUUAUAAAGUGUGGAACGUUUUCAAUUAUUGUGCAUUCUUUAUGGAGCGCUUUUUGAAUCACUAUGGAGUAUUUGCAAUUUGUUAUAAUUGCAAUAACCUUUUGACAAAGGAAACAGGUUUUGAGAUUUUUGAUACAGAAAAUUGAUUGUAUGUGAAAUAUGCAAUUGUCUGCUACAUUCAACCAUGCUUAAAGUACAGCAACUAAAAAAAAUACAAGAAAAAAUGAACCUUGUUAUUUGAGACGGUUUGAAAUUUCGCAUAUCCGUUUCAAAUAUUUCUAGGUAAAAGCAGUAAAACAGUAGAAAAAGUCUCAAAUAGCAUUGGACAAAGUCCCUUACAUUUUUUAUUUUUUUCCGAUUUUUUGAAUUGUAAAUAUUAAUUAACACUGUUUGUAAAUAGUUAAAAGAAUUCGAUUAUCCUGGGCAGACGUUGUGGCUGCAAGUCAAUUUUUUACAUAGAAAUAAUAAAAAGGAAGGAAACAAUUUUAAAAAAUGAAAUCAUAUGACAUUUAACAUAGAAUCGCAAAGAAUAUCACUUCCAGUGCAUUUUUUUUUUCUGAAAAUCCUUCAAAUAUGUAUCCUCAAAUAUCUUCGAAGAUAUCAAACCGUUUUCGAGUUUUUGAAGAAGAAAGUUAGGUUUUUUUCGUACACUUUUUUCAAAAGUUAUGUAAGGAAAAAUUGUUAAGUUUUUAUGCAAAUGGUUAGCGAAAUCCAGUUCAUGAACAAAAGCUCAUCAAAGUUGGAAAAUAUUGAGACAAGGUGCGCCAGGCCAAAGUCUACGGUCCAGAUGAACUUAAAAUUAUAUUUUAUUUUAAUAACUUUAAAGUGUAUACGAGAAUAUUUUUUCAGUUAAAAUGUGAGAAGUGUAAGUCUAAAGUUUUACUUAAUAUCACGCAUAUUAUAAUUUUGUUCGGCAACUAUUGUAACAGGGGAUAAACAAAAUGAUCGGGACAGGGAAAAUUUUACUUCUAACUUUUUGAAAAGUGCAUCAAAAAAUCUCAAACUGUAAAGUUAAUCAACUAGUCAAAAGUUUUUUAAAGCUAGUCAUAUAAGUCAUGAAAGUUUCUCAAAAUUUCGUAGCAUUUAGUUCAUUGAAUCCCGAGUUAUAAAAGUUCAAAGUUGGCUAUCGGAUAAUUUUGCAUUUUUCUUGAAUCUUUCUAAUUUCGUCACGAAUAUCUCGAUCUUUCCCAAAAUUUUUAUCAUUUAUACACAACUAGUUGAUUAACUGACAGUAAAAAUUUUUGGAUUUUUUAUACACUUCAAAAAGUUACAGCUAUUUGACCAUUUAUAGAAAAGUGAAAAUUUUGCUUGUCGCGAUCAUUUUGUCUAUCACCUGCAUUUUGACCAUUGUGAAUUCUAAUGGGGUUUGUCCAGGAAUUUGUUUUAAUUCCUGUGGUAACUUGUAUGGAUUUUUAUCUUGCAAAAAGUUUUAGAUUUUUAUCUUGCAAUUUAUUCAUAAGAAGUUUUCUCGUUCAAGACUUAAAUGUUUGCAUUACAAACAUAGUCUACUGUAUUCUAUUCUGCAUCUGGAACACAAUGAACACAUUUUCAUUGCAAACAUUUAUGUUUUGAAGGAGGAAACUGCUUCUGAAAUUUUAAUGAUGACGUUGAUAUCAAUGACGACUUCUUCAAUCUUAACGAUUUCUUUCAAUUACUUGUGACAAUUACUUUGUGAUUUUUUUUCAAUAAUCCAUUUAAAUGUUUUUUCGCUACUCUAUCUGAUAAUUUUUCGAUGUUAAGAAAACUUGUCAGCAAUUCCUUUGGAACUCUUUCAUUGAUUUCGUAUGGAAUUUCAUUUGUAAUUCCUUCGAAUGUUGCUUCGGCGAUAUCUUUGAAGAAUCAUUUGGCAAAUCAACAAUUUUUUGUUUGGAAGUUUAAUUUGAUUUUUUUCAGAAAUGUUUUUAUUUUAAAUUGCUGUUUGUAGAACUUGCAAGUAAGUUUAUAUUCACAAAUAAAAAAUAUUAAAAAAAAACUUAAAGAACUCAUCGAUAAUUUAUUUGAAUUUUUGUUUUGUAAUUUCAUUGUUAACCCGCAAACACCCGGGACGAUCUACUUUUGGCAGAAAUGCAAUAUCUUCUUUGUUUUAAUACAUUUUACCCCGGAUUUUUUUUUUAUAGUCAAGGGGAAUAGUUGUGCUAAGAAAUGCAUGGUACCUCCCCCCUUUGCACCCUCACCCCUUUUGCGGG